UCAGAUGUCAAAUAAAACAUUCAGUCGCUGCUCUAUACAGACACUGUGGCUGCAGAUCCUGUCACCAAAUACAGCUGAUACAGACUCGUGUCAUGUCCGUGCUGUGGAUUCUUCUCUUUCUCUUGGUUCGGGAUGUUUCCCUGCAGGAGGAGGAUUAUGAAGGUGAAAUACAUGAUGACCUCCAGGCUGUGAACUGCUCGACCACAGAGAACAUAAGAGGUGGACAUGUGACCUAUUCACAGUGGGGGUUGGAGGACAGUGUGCUGACCUUUCACUGCGGCCCUGGCCGAUACCCUUCUCCUGUCAGCCAUCGACUGUGUGGCAAUAAUGGGGAGUGGUCACCCAUGAGAUUAGCCAAUGGCAGGCGAGUGCUGCAGGCCACAUGUAAAGAGUUAUUGUGUCCAGGUCAGCUCCAGCUCAACCAUGGGGACUUCUGGCCCAGGGACCAGUGGUUUCGUAUUGGAACAGUGCAGAGCUUCUCAUGCCAUGAUGGUUUCACCCUGUCUGGAUCAACCCAGAGAAACUGCACCAUUUCAGGGGACUGGACUGGAACUGCUCCAGUAUGUGACAACCACGCUGAUGACUGUGUGGACCCUGGAAUUCCCCCAGGUGCCCAGAUGUCAGAGGGGCGCUUUCAAACAGGAGACAAGGUGACCUACAGGUGUCAAGCUGGUCUCAGUCUGCUGGGAUCGGAUGAAAGGGUUUGCCUGGAGAACAGGGAGUGGAGUGGUUCUGCUCCACGGUGUCAGGGUCCACAUACCUUUGACUCCCCGAGUGUUGUGGCAGCAGCUAUGGCUGGGUCACUUGCAGGAUCCAUGGAUGUUUUCUCUCCAGAGUUCAUAAAGAAAGUGAGCUAUGCUCGUACCAUCCAUGUGAGUGAAGGCAGUCUUUUGAAUAUUUAUGUCUUACUGGACACAUCUGGCAGUAUCAAGGAGGACAGUUUUAAUGAGGCAAGAAAAGCCACCAUGGCUCUCAUCACGAAGUUGGACAGCUAUGAAGUACAGAUGAAGUUCCAUGUGUUAUCAUUUGCCACUGAGGCUAAAGACAUUGUGGACAUCACCGACACCUUCACAAGCAGCGACUCGGACAGUGUCAUGUACAACCUGAAAAACUUUGACUACCGAAGUCACGGCCAUAAGAGAGGCACCAACCUGUUCGCUGCCCUGCAUCGUGUCAGUGAGAAGAUUAGCUUCUUCAAGCAAAACAGGGAAAGGAACUAUUUUAAUGAGACUCAAAACAUCAUCAUCAUAGCAACUGAUGGUAACCAUAACACAGGCACCAAGCCUCAGGUGGCUCUGGCUCAGAUCCGGCACCUGCUGGGCUACAAGAGUGUGGCAUCGGAUCACACAGAUGAGACGCUGCUCGAUGUUUAUGUGUUUGGUGUUGGGAAGGAUUUGAAUAAAGGUGUGUUGAAUUCUCUUGCGUCAAAGAAGAGAGGUGAGCAGCAUGUGUUCGUUUUGACAAACUACAGAACGCUGGGAGAGGUUUUCAACAGCAUGAUCAGUGAUAAGACUGUGACUAUGUGUGGCAUAGCUCAGGAAGAUGUGGACGCAGAAGACGACAAACAUGAACCAAAAUCCUACACCAGACCUUGGCAUGUCACACUGAAGAGUGCACUGCCAUGUUCUGGAUCCAUUGUAAGCCAGACUUGGGUGCUGACGGCUGCUCACUGUUUUGCCAGAGCGAGCACAGACCAAGUUUUUCAACACGUGGAGGUAACACAUGAUGGGGGCACUGUGCACGCAAAGAGAGUGAUCCUGCACCCAGAGUACAACAUCUACGCACUCAAACACAAGAACGUGUCUGAAUUUUAUGACUAUGAUGUUGCUCUGGUUGAGCUGAAUAAAAGCAUCCCUCUCUCCUGGAAGGCCAGACCCAUCUGCCUGCCGUGCACUGUACCAGCUGGCCGAGCCAUGAAGAAGGUCAACUCAACCUGUCAGCAGCACAGGGAGGAGCUUUUAACACGCAAAGCAACAGCUGCCUUUUUUAUUCACAAAAAGUCCCGCCUACAAACGCACAUUCAAACAAACAGUCAGAGACUUGGAUGUGUGGAAAAAGCCCUGAAGACGCUUCAGGAGCCCACAAAUGUAACUCUGGACGAAUACAUACCUGAUCGGUUUCUUUGUUCUGGAGGCAGCCAGGAGUACAAGGACGCGAUCACCUGUAAAGGCGACUCUGGUGGAUCUCUGUUUCUGCAAAAGCGGAACCGCUAUUUUCAGGUGGGAGUUGUGAGCUGGGGAACCACAAAUGUAUGUGGUACUAAGAAUGUCAUGCAUGGGUACAGCAACAAGAACCCGCCUUCUGAUGCGCGUGACUUUCACAUUGACCUGUUCAAACUGGCGCCUUGGCUCAAAGAACAUCUGAGGCAGGAGAUUCAGUUCCUGCCUUUGAAUGAGUGAAAGAGCUGCUGCUCGGGUACAGAACCAACAACCACCUGA